UUAUCGUAUCGCAAUAACGCGCGACCCUCCCCAGUUCACAGGUCUGUCUACUUGUUCCGUUUGCAGCAUACACACGGAGCUCCCGUGAACCAUCUGCUGCGAGGCUUCAAAUGCCUUGAGGGAUCGCUCUAUUCCUGCUUUCUGCCCCCCCGUCCCACUUCCUCCUGCUUACCGCCACCCAUCACCCGUCAUCGACGGUCUCCCGAUUUUCGAGUGCGCCAUGGCUGACCUCGAUCUCAAUGAUACGAUGGGCGUGACCUUUAUUGGAAUGGUCUUCGAUGCGAUUUUGUACGGCAUCAUGACCUUCCAAACAUAUCGGUUCUAUAACAAUGAUACUAGCGAUCGCCUGGCGUUGAGGUUCCUGGUCGGCUUCCUAUGGGUUCUGGAAACCCUCCAAGUGGCCCUCAUAGUCCAUGUUCUCUACUAUUUCCUCAUUCUACACUACGGAGAGCCAGACGUGUUGGCGGUGACCGUUUGGAGUCUCAAUGUCGAGUCAGGAGUAACGGUUGUCAUCACUUUCAUAGUGCGGACUCCGACUAUGGCGCAUGGAAAGAACAAGCUUCUCGUUGUUGCCGUUAUGGUUCUUUCUCUGGCCCAAUUAGGCCUUGGCUUGGCGAUGUGUGCUCUAACGUUCAUCAUCGUCCGCUUCGACCAACUGCCCAAAUACAUCGUUCCUUUAACCAUCCAACUUGGUAUAUCUGUUGCCGCGGACGUCUCCAUCUCCGGACCUCUAGUUUACUACUUGAACAAAAACCGCUCAGGAUUCAGGAGGACGAACUCUCUGAUAAAUCGCUUAAUCAAGUGGUCCAUAAACACCGCGCUCAUCACAGGGAUCUUCGAGCUUCUACAAAUGCUUACCUGGGUCACAAACUCUCACACACUGAUCUUCCUCGGCUUUCACCUGGUGGUUGGAAAACUGUACACCAACUCCAUGCUCGCGAUGCUGAACGGGCGCAAAUCGUUGCGGAACGACUUCGGCAGUCAAGCGAUGCAGACGAGCACGCUCGUUAUUUCCCCAGUAGACGGAAGUACGGGCCAAGAAACGGAGAUCAUGCUUAACUCUCAGUUUUCCUUCCCACAGCGCACUGCGAACCCAAGAAAGCCCAGCCUCGCGCACUUGGAUACCGGCUCAUACGUGGCCCGCAAUUCUGCAUCGAUGCCCCCGAUUUUGAACCAACGCAGGACCACGAUGAGCAUCGGAAGCCCCACGCUUCCCCCGUCCUUCCGGACCCACUCUCGCAAUGUCUCCUUCCACGAGUUCGAUGGCCCCGAAUCAGCCAAGCUUAGACAUUCUCAAGUCCCUUGGGCGACCGAUGAGCACACGUACCCGCCGGAAAAGGACGAGGAGAUGAUCGCGAGUGAUGGUGUUCGAAUGUGGCGUAGGCAGAGUGGCGUGCUUGUAAGAGACGAGGAUAUUCAUGUGGAGCGGAUGGAGGUCGUAGUUCCGCCGGCAGACGUGGUGGAAGAGGAACUUGCACAGCUGCACAGCGCUGUAGCUCUAUGAGAUCGCAGAAGGGCU